GCACCGCCCGCCCGCGCAACCGUUUCCUCCCCGCCGCCAGGCAGCGCCGCCUCGGCUCGGCUCGGGCCGCCACCGCCGCUCCUCUCCCAGCGGCCGGCCGUGCUCCGCGGAGCGGCUCCGCCUGCGAGGGCGGCGAGAGGAGGAGUCGCCCCUUCCCUUCCCUUCCCUUCCCUUCCCCUCCCCGCCCGCAGCCCCGUUUGAAUCGCGGCGGGAAGGCGGCGCGGCUCGCCCGGCCGGUAUCAAAACAAAGAAAGUGGAUUUAUACUAGGGACUCUCUCAGUAACUUGAUCUUCAAUUGUAUAUUUAAAAGUAUAUAUUUAAUAGCAAAAUGUCCUCAAAUAAAAAGAUGAAGAGAAAUUUCAGAAAUAAAUUCAAUGAAUACAAAGUCACCUCCCAUUCUCGAAGGAAAUUACUUUCUCCUGAUGAACCAGAUGUUUCAAGGAUACUGAAGGUAGCAGAAACUGAGGAACUUGGAGAGCCUGAUGAUUCAUUUGAUCACCCUUUGCACAGUACUGCUGUAGAUGCUUAUGGAGAAGAACAUUCAGAGAAUGAGUCACUUAAUGAUUUGUCACAUCCACAGAGGAAAAAUACAGAAAAAAGUAAAAGAACGCAUCACUUGAAAAUGUCUGAAGAUGAUGUUUACAGAUUCAAGACAGGUGGUUCUGAAGAUGAGCCCCUUAAGGAGAAUAUGGUAUCGAGAGUAUCCAGGACCACCGUAACGAAACCUAAGCUACCAUCUGUGUUGACAUCAAGGAAUGGUGCUUUAGAAAACAGUGAGCUGGAUGAAAAGAAAAAGAUGAAUGUUCAAAAGAAGGCUCGGAAUACUACUGAAUUCCCAGAGAAAAGGAAGAAGCAGCCUUCAGAGAAGAGUGCAUUAGAUACUUCCGUUGUUGAUAGCCCAGGUUCUGUACAAGUUUGGUGUCCCAAAGGGCUGAAGAGACUUCCUAAAGAUAUUACAGAACUGGAUGUUGUUCUUGCUGAAUUUGAGAAGAUAGCAGCAGAUUACAAGCAAAGAGUAGACUCUCAGAUUUGCAGAAAAGCUAUUGAUGGCUUCUGUUCUGGUUUCAAGGACCAAAUCACUGAUCUUAUAAUGGAAGUCCAGGAAUUAAAGAACAUGAAGAGAAAAAAUGCUAAGAUAAUAACAGACAUCAAAAAGAAAAGGCAGCGACUGAUGCAAGUUAGCGACGAGUUAAUUGGAACUGAACCACAACUGAAACAGCUACAGAGAGAAUAUGCUCAGUUACAGGAGAGGGAAUCUUCCCUGAGGCAUGCGACUCAAUUCCUUACUGAUUUAAAGGAACUACAGCAAGACUGUUUGGAUUACAGAGAAGCAAACCCUAAAGAAAAAGUAAUAUAUGGAACAUCCAGCCUCCCUGCUCUUCUGGUGGAAUCGCGGAGAGUUCUAGGAGUGGAAAGACACUUUAAGAAUAUUAAUGCGAGACUGCAAGAGGCACUGGAUGUACAAAGAGAGAAGUUAUCAAAGAAACAUUAAGUGCUUUUUAAUGGACUUACUGAAAUUAUUUGGGAACAAUUAUUAGAAUGAACAGUGAUUAAAGUAUGUUUAAUCAUUGUUGCUGUACUUUGGCUUCAGUGUGUAAAAGAAAUUAGUGACUUAAUCACACUAUUUAACUGGAAUUGAUAUCAUUAAUUUCUACCGACACUCUUUGAAUAAGUUCUUACCUAGAAACUGUAUCUUUCUACUGUUAAUGUCACAAAACUUUUCUGUGCUGUUUUAGGAACGUCAGUUUUUAAUCUCCUUGGGCUAUGUAAGUAAUGUAAUUUUGAAACCAAUACAUACUUUACAAGAGAACACACUGACUUUGGUUGAGCUAGUGCUAGACAAAACUUUUUAUUAAAUUUGUAUGUGAAAUCAAUUCCAGAAGUGGGAGGAAUUUAAGAAAUUAUUUUACAUAGCUCAUCAAUAAAAUUUAGACAUACAGCUAACAAAAUAGGAAACCCCACAGCAGUAGGUAUUAAAGUGCUAAACUACUUGAAGUAGCAUUCAUGAAGAGUUUUCAGUUCUGUACUGCUCAGCCCCUACUGUAAUCUUCCAUGAUCUUGUCAUCCCUGUUUAAGAUCAUCUAGUUGCAAGGAUUUGUUAUUUACAGCAAUUAUUUAUUUCUGUUGUAGAGAUCAGGAAAAGAGCUUUUGUACUAUAUUGCAGUAUCUUUUGUGGAAGGCAUGUGACAGGCACAUUAUACUAAAGCAAGCUUCACUGGUAUGUGUUUGUUCAUUAGCUAAGUUUGUGGUUAGCUGUGUUCUUUAGCACAAGUAUCCUGUUUCCUUAAAGCUUCCAGAAGAACUUCAUCAGGAAUUUCUUGUGUGUCACAAUUCAGACUAUCAUUUGCAGCUUCAGCUAGUUCCACAUCAUCGGUAGCUUCCAGGAACCAGGCAUCAUCACUUGCAUCGUCCCACACAGUGUCUGACAACAAGAGGUCUCUAGACAAGCUGUUUUCUUGAACUAGUGACCUUUUUGACAAAUCUAUACAGUUAGAAUGCAGUUUUCCUUCUUUGUUCUCACUUUCAUCUAUUAACAUAUAUUCUUCUUCCUUUUAGAAACAAAAACACUAUUUAUUCCAUAUGCAAAUGAUCAUCCUUUUAACUGCUCCGAUUUGAAAGUUUGAAACUAGUGUUGGAGUUUUGCAAGUGUAGCAUAUAAUGGAUACUAUAGAAAGCUGGGCAACAAACAAUUUUCUAGCAAAUUAAUUUAAUUUACAGCCACAGUACACUAUGGAAGCCUGUUUAAAUAGGAAUAGAAAUCUGCUGUUUUUUUCUAGAAUGCUACAACUAGUCUAAUCUAGUGUCUAUUUAAGGAUAUCAAGGUCUGAAAAUGCAUUUAAAUUUGCUUAAGUAGAACUCAAUGUACUAUUUUGCAGUGUGAGUUUUAAAAGCUGUUAAUAUUGCAACUAAGCUUUUAUGACCUACUCUGUGGGAAAGACUAUUGUGUUCAGGGCUUGGGAUCAGGUACUGACCUGAUGUCAUCCCUAGAUGUCAGGUCAAUAUUGUACCUUUGUGGGUAAAUGUAACUGAGUUGGUGCACUUCACAUUUGAGGGUCACUGACUUAAAAUGAAGAUAAUUAAAUAUUAAUCAGUUGUGUUUCAAUAUAUCAAGCACUGAAAAAUAUCUCUAAUUCUAAAUCCUUAAGAGAUAGCCACACACACAUUUAAGUUAUCAAAAGAGUUGAUGUGCUUGUUUUGCUAACACGGAUGAAAGACAAGCACUUUGUAUAGAAGCAUCAUUGCAAACUGGAAUCCUGUGUUAGAACCAUUGUUCUGCCUGCUCAGAAGUUUUGUUGCCAGGCUUUUGAGAACACGGGUAGUGCUAUGCGCAGUCUCAUUGAGGUUUGUUCCUUGCCCUGCCUCACGUCUAAGAUUUCUUGUUCCUAAUGCUGAUAGCUUUUCAGCCAAACCCAAGAAUCGUGAUUUUUUUUUUUCUUUGACAUACUCAAAAGUUCCAGGAGCACUUAAAAAUAUUUUAGCUGGCCUAGGGGCUCACCUAAUGGGAACUACUGUUCCAGAAGAAAAGACAAAAGAAAAUCUUUGGCCCCAGAUGAAGUUAGGUUAUUCCAGUAACCUAACUAGCUUAGCCAAGUUAGACUGAGCUGAAUCUGUGCUGUCAGUUUUUGUGCUAGAUGUGCUGCAGGAGAACUUAGAAAUUAAUACAUGGAGCUACUACACCAGCACAGCUGCUCCAUGGAGCAGCUCCAUACCAGCAUAGCUGCUCAGUGGAGUUCAACAGACAAACUGGGUUAGCAGGGAUUUUCAAGACUUCUAGAGACAAAGGUUUACUCAUAAGAACUUCAGCAUGUUAGUAAAACAAGAACAGAAACACGUACCUCUUUGAAGAGAGAAGGGAGACAUAUCCUAGAUGGCAAUGGAAAACCUAAAGCAAAUACAUCGUAUUUAAUAGGGUUAUAAUUAAUACUUUUGGGAGUGUUGAUUGCUUUGAAAACAUUACAUACUCUGUGAUUUGAAGUUUUUCUCUCUGCAGACUGGAUCAUGACACUUUUGAUACCAGACUUCCUUCUUUAGAUCUACCAGAAUCCUAAACAAAUAGUAUGGUAUUUAGUAACAGUACAUAACUAAAGUAGUAAAUGCAAAAAUGAAACUCCAACACUAAAUGAACAGGUUUUGUUCAACUAUGGAUAUUGUUCUCAUACUCUGACCUGUUCAUUACAUACUUGCUUUGAACACAGUCUUGUUAUUUUUCCAAUAAACUUCAGACAAGUUAAAAAUACAUUUCUUACAAGAUCAAGUGACAUUUAGUCAUCUUCCUUACAAGUCACUAAAGCAAGAUUAGCAUGCAUGACCUAACUGUAGGAUAAUGUUUUGCUGCUGUUGUCAAAGAUAAUUAUAAAAUCAUUAUUUCUUUGCAACUGAUAGAGUCGAGUUGUCUAUCAGAUGUGUUACAGAAAUACCAAGCUUCAGGUAACUUCAAGAGUUCAUCUAGUUUAGUGGUUGUGGGUUUUCUCCUACUCACAUGUCUCAAAAAUACAUUCCUUAUCUUUCAGUUGUUUUCACUGUUGCUUUUGCAAAACUAUUUUUUUUAGAUGGUAAAUAUUUCUACUAACAAUCUACUGUCAUUUUUGAUGUAAUCUAAAGCCCUUGACUUUUCAACACAGUUGCUAAAACUAUGAGGAGAAGUCAGAGUCCUCAUAGAGUCACUGGCAAAACCCAUCUUGGCUGAAAUCCUGGCAGGAUUUAUUUUUAUUAUUUUAAUAAUGUAAAAAUGUAAUUUAAGAUACACUAAAUACAAGUUUUUAAAUGGUCUAUUUUAUCUUAUUGUUCAUCCUAGCUGAGAAGCAUCUAAGCAAGGCAUCACUUGAUAGCUUUAACAUACUUUAACUUGUAUGUUAACUUCUCUAGCCAUAUACUUUAAAUAGCAUGAAGAUAAACUCAUAGAAAAAUUAGAAAUACAAGUUCAGUUGUCACAAAAAUUAGGGGGGGAAAAAAAGGGGGGGGGGAUUUUUUUUGUUUUAAAUGAGUUGUUCCUCCAUGAAACAAGAUAGCAGAAAUUGUAACAGGUGCUGCUUCUGUCCAUAAGAGCUUUACAGCAUUUCUACAGAGUAACACUGGAGCAGAAAAAUACUAAAUAAAACUGUUUUGAAGUGAA